CCAGUUGAUCGCUGAAGGGUUCAGUAACCCAGCUUUGACAUUUGGACCUGACGCAUGUUGCCUGCCGAAGUUCUGGAUCUUGCACAGUAGUAAUCUGCACUCAACAUGGAUACUGUUGUUACAUAUAUUUCUAAAAUAGACGAUUCAGUAAAGAUUGAUGCCAGGGUUGAAGUAGCCAGUGAAGAAGAGGAGCUGAGGGAGGACUUGACAUUUUAUUUUAUGAGCCCUUGUCAGAAAUACAAGGCAAGAGGCCUGCUUCCAUGGAAAUUAUGGGUGCAGAUUUUAAAAAUUGCCAUGGUUACAACACAGCUUGUUAUUUUCGGCCUGAACAACCAGCUUGUUGUUUCCUACAAGGAAGAGAAUGGCAUGGCCUUCAAGCACUUGUUUAUAAAAGGAUAUACAGGCACCGAUGAAGACGACUACAGCCGCUCUGUCUACACCCAGCAAGAUGUUUAUGACAGCAUGUUUUUUGUAAUUGAUCAAUACACGCAUUUAAUGAAUCUCACAGUGGCACCACUCAGUUAUGCCCAAGACAAGAAUGAUACAGCCGCUUUAAGAAUCUGCAAACAUCAGUACAAGAGAGGACAUGUUUGGCCCUCAAAUAAGACUUUUUAUAUAGACCCAGACAUAGAAACAGAGUGCUUAACCGUGGAGUCAAGUAGAAGACAUCCUUUCCAGACGGACUGGAAAACAGUCAAUGAAACUUUUUUCAACCUGGACUUUUACAGACUUGUCACUGUGGAUAUAACUUUUCAGCUAAAAGGAAUCGACCUUCAGACAAUCCGCUUGCUGGAAUUGCCCGACUGUUACGAAUUCUUUAUCACAAUCACUUUUAACAACCAAGGUCACAGUGGAAUAGUUAAAAUCUACUACGAUAAUGAUGCUUUUAUCAGUGAAUGCAGCGGCUGGCACAUAGCAGGAUCCUCACAGAAAAACACACACUAUCUUCUGAUUUUUGAUGGGUUUGUCAUUCUAACCUGUUUAGUCUCCAUGGUGCUUUGCACUAGAUCCAUCGUCCUUGCAAUCAGAUUGCUACGGAGGUUUGACAGAUUCUUUCAUGAGAACUACAAUCGCAGAGCAUCCCAAUCAGAUAAGAAGGAGUUUUUGAACAGAUGGUACAUUGUGGUUAUUAUUAGUGAUAUAAUGACAAUAGUGGGAUCUAUAUUGAAAAUGGAAAUACAGGCAAAGAGCCUCACAAGUUAUGACGUCUGCAGCAUUUUUCUAGGAACCUCUACCUUGCUUGUUUGGGUUGGAGUUAUCAGAUAUCUGGGGUACUUUGAGAAGUACAACGUCCUCAUUUUAACAAUGAGAGCAGCUUUACCCAAGGUCCUGCGUUUUUGUUGCUGUGCAGGAAUGAUCUACCUGGGCUACACCUUCUGUGGCUGGAUUGUACUUGGACCCUAUCACGAGAAGUUUGAAGACCUGAACAGAGUGUCAGAAUGCCUCUUCUCACUGGUCAAUGGGGAUGACAUGUUUGCCACGUUUGCCCAAAUCCGGAAGAAAAGCACUCUGGUGUGGCACUUCAGCCGAGUCUACUUGUACUCGUUCAUUGCACUUUUUAUUUACAUGGUGCUGAGCCUCUUCAUUGCACUCAUCACAGAUUCAUAUGAAACCAUUAAGAAAUACCAACAGAAUGGCUUCCCAAUGACAGAUCUCCACAGAUUUAUAAAAAAAUGCAAGGAUUUCCCCUCCGACAACUGCAGAGAAGAAGAAACAAAUAAUUGCUUUGUGUUCUGCUGUAAAAGGUAUCUUUGUAAUCAACUGCAAACGAUCGCUUCCGUCCUCAUGAGGCAGGAAAGUGACGAUAACUUAUUGCUCAUUAAUUGACACAAGGCCGAGGCAAUAAACCUGAAGCAAUGCAGAACCACAGGUAAAAAACUUGAAGUUGAAUGCAGUUUGGAGACCCCACUGUGAGAAAGAGCUUCCUAACUAUGGAAUUAAAACCAAGUAUGGACAAGGAACUGAACUCUCUGUGGCCCACAGUUCUUUAUAUACAAUGUUAGGUGCAAAUACAACUAUAAGGUAAACAUUUUACAGAUCUAAAAAGGAUUUUUUGUCACAGUACAAGAUUGCUACGUGUUAAAUGACUUCAUCUUGCCUUUGCCUGAAUUGAGUUUGCAGGUUCCAUAAGGAGCCUGUAUACGAUUGUUGUAUACACAUAUGCAUCUAAUGCAUCUUUUAUUUAUAAAGCGUAAUCACUGUUUGUAAUACAAAACCUAACGUGAUGCAAAAAUAGGUUUGUUAUUGAAAUUAUUACUAAUUGUACAAAUGUGUUGCCUGCAGUGAUGUGCAGUGUACAUCGUAUUAGUGUUACACAUUUAUGGGUUACACAUUGACAUGAAUGAAAGAAAUUCCUCCAAGCUGCUUUGGACACCAAUUCAGUGGUGUUUGUCUUCUAUAUCAUUUUGAAAUAUAGACAGUGAGUUUAGUGAUAUCAGCCCUGUGGACAGUAGACCAUAUCACAAAACCAAAAACAGCUUCUAAUGUGGCACAAUGCAAAGGGAGCUUAUGUGGAACAUGAUGGCUCCCUGGCUGUAGCCAGCCACAAAUUCCUCACCUUUUAAUUAGCUUUUUUAUCAUCAGUAAAUACAAUAUAAAAUGAGCUCUUCAGAAUGAGGUUGUGUUUUUUAGGGUGAGUGUAUUGAAUCCUCACAUAAGGUAGAAAUCAGAAAGGCAAUCAUAUAUAUUCACAUAUAUGUGCUCUUCACCAUGUAGCUUCACAGCACCCAUUUUAAAAGACCUGCUUUUCUCUGGCCACCUGAGUUAUCAGAUGCCCUUUACAGUAACUGCAAUAAACAGUAAUGUGAUUAAACACACUGAGCAAGAGCUAUAGUAUCCACUUGUGGUGCUUUCUACCCAUUGCAUUCCCAAUGAUUAUUCUGAGCAAAUGUCAUUAAACAAUAGUAAACUAGAUUAUGAGUACAUCUGUAUUAAACUGAUACUCUGUGACAGCGUGCUAUGUUUACUUUGCUGUUGGGUUUGGCAAUGUUGGUGAGUAUGGAUUUUAAUAUCCACACCCUGCCUAAGCCUAACCCUUUGCAUUGGUGAGGUGCUGUACAGGUAUCGCACACACAGGUUAAGAAGAAGAUUGGUUACUGUAGUUUAGGUAACUUUCUUGUUUAAAAGCUGCUGUUGACUAAUAAAUGUGGUCAGUUUACUGUGAACUGUAUUAUGAUUUCUUGUACUUGCAUGUAUUGCUCCACUCUUGUGUCAUUGGGUUACACAGUGCUCUUUCGGAGUGCUGCUGACAGAUUCUUCAGGAAUCUAUGACUUCCAGGCACCACAGGUGAGUGUGCAUUGCUUUGUGAGAAUGUGCAGACUUUCUUGGAAGAUGUUAUUUUCUCUACAGCUACAGCCAAAAGUUUUGCAUCACAUAAAAUUUUAGGAUUGAGAGCUAACAUAAUUUUGAUCUUGUAUAUAACAUUGGGUAAACAAAUAAACUACUAAGUGAUAUACACAAAUAUAGAUACAAAAGUCUACCAGGUGCCAUAAUAGUACUACAGUAUGUUAAAUUUCAGAAAAUGUUACAUUUUAAAAUAGGGUGAUGCAAAAUGUUUGGCCACAGCUGUAGAAUCCAGUCAGUAUCUGGUGGAAGAUCCCAAAAUCCUGUCAAAUAAAACAUGUCCUGACUUUAUUUGUCAAUGACUUGCAUCAUGUAUAAGACUUGCGUCGUGUAUUAUGUAUGUUGAACUUAACAUUUACCUCAAGCAAACUCUAUUACCUCCUGUGCUUAUUUAACACUACAUAAUAAUCCACAAUGGCAGCUUUGCAGUUUCAGACAGCGUUUUUUGUUCUUGCUAUUGCUGUGUAAGCACCCACUUGUUGUAUAACAAGGGAAGAUAGGGAGUAUAGUCUAUGGCAUGAGUUCACACUAUUUUGACAGUGCCAGGGCUGGCAUGAACAUUCGUCAUUCUACCUUCACCUCAGCUUACUCUCAGCAAAGCUUACUGCGGUGUAUCCAUAGUGCAGUGGCAGAAUUAACAGCCUGUGAAUGGUAAUUGGUAGUUCAUUUUGUGUAAGUAGGAUGAGUGACAUGUUAACCACCAAUUAAAUAAAAAGAAAAGAUUGUAUAAACACCAAAA